AUGCAGCCUGCGCAAUCGGAUUCUUGUGCAACCGACCCGCGUCCAUCGCCCCUGUGUGAGGUUGGACAUGUGAUCAAUGGAGAGGAUCCUCACACCUUGAAUCUAAAUCAUUCCAAAAAACCAGAAGUUGAUCAGGAAAUUCAACCGAUCGGCGAUGCACUGGUGCCUCUUUACAGUGUCCUGCCAAAUGGCGAGAAGACUUUCGUUAUUAUGGCGGGAUCUUUUGCAGCCCUUUUUUCACCUCUCUCCAGCAGUAUAUAUCUACCGGCCCUCCCAUCUUUGGCUAGCGACAUGAAUGUUUCUGUCUCCCUGAUCAACUUGACUAUCACCACAUACUUGAUAUUCCAAGGACUCGCACCUUCUUUCAUUGGCAGCUUUUCUGAUAACUAUGGACGCCGUCCGGCAUAUAUCAUCGCUUUUGCCAUUUAUCUUGGAGCUAAUAUUGGCCUCGCUUUGCAAGACAACUUCACGGCACUGAUGAUUCUGCGCUGUAUGCAGUCCUCGGGCAGCAGUGGAACCAUCGCAUUAGGAAGCGCUGUUGUAGCCGAUCUCUCGACCCGCGCUGAGCGUGGGAAAUACAUUGGAUACGCUGGAAUUGGACUUGCACUAGGACCGACGCUUGGCCCCGUUAUCGGUGGGCUGUUGGACCAUUUCCUCGGGUGGCGAUCGAUAUUUUGGUUCCUGGUUAUUAUGUCUGCUGUUUGCUUGGUGGUGAUCCUUAUCGUUCUCCCUGAGACGUGUCGAGCUGUUGUGGGCAAUGGGUCGGUGCCGCCAGCCUCGUGGAACCGCCCACUGUGGACAUUGUUCGUACGAACAUCACGAUUCGACGACAACCAAGGGACUGCUGACCACUCCACCGUCCACCGAUUGAAGAAGCGCCCGAAUCCAAUUACAGCGCUCUUGAUAGCCACACAAAAAGAGAUGGGGUUGGUUUUAUUGUACGGAUCCUUUUUGUACGCAGGGUACAUGGCCGUUAUUAGCACUUUGUCGACCCAGUUGGCGAGUCGAUUUGGAUUCAACUCGAUUGAAAUUGGAUUGUGCUAUCUUCCGAUGGGCAUCGGAAGCAUAAGCUCCCGCUGGGUAGUUGGCCGAGUCAUGGACUGGAACUUUCGCCGCGAGGCACAGUUGCAGGGAAUGGUCAUUCACAAAAACCGACAGCAAGAUAUUGAAAAGUUCAAUGUCGAACGAGCACGCUUGGCGAUCACUCUUCCACUGAUCUAUAUGGCUAGCCUUUGUAUCUUAGCUUACGGUUGGGUGAUGCAGUAUCGCACUUCGCUGGCCGGCCCCCUUGUGAUGUUGUUCUUCACCGGUCUUACAACCACAAGUGCAUUCAACACCUUGAGUACUUUGGUUGUAGAUAUCAAUCAUCAAAGCGCCGCCACUGCUGCUGCGGCAAAUAAUCUAUUUCGCUGUCUAUUGGGUGCGGGAGCCACGGCUAUUGCAUCGCCUCUAAUCAAAUGCAUUGGCAUUGGAUGGACAGGUACAUUCAUCGCUGGCCUUUGGGUGUUAGGCAGUCCUGCUCUAUGGGUUGUUUUCUACCGAGGGUACCGGUGGAGAAGCGAGCACAAACAGGCUAAACUCACCAAUCAGACGCACGCUUGA